CCGGCCAUAUUGGAAUCUGAAGUCUGUUUGCUUUCUGAAGCUACUGAGUGACUGGGUAUUUUGGAGUGAAAUAUAGCUAGCCUUUAUUGAUGCUUUAAAGGUUUGAGUAAGCUAGGCAUUCUAACAGAGAGUCAGCCUUCUAUAGACGUCAAGUUGUCUCAUAUUUCAGCGGUAAAAUGAGCCCAACCGACGCUAAACGAGGAGCUAAGCGCAGGAAGAACAAGCGGGGCGGUGGCAGUAGCUGCAGUAGCACAGUCAGCAGCAGUAGUGGAAAGGCCGGCGCUCUAGCCACGGCCCGGAGUUCCCAAGGUGCGGGGACACCCGCCUCUGUCAUGGGCUUGUUGUCCGCAGGAAGUACUGGAAACAGCAAUCCGGGAGGCAUCAUGGGCCUGAAUGGAGAGUUUACCCCUUGGCUUGGUGGAGUCCUCUCACUUCCUGGAGGAGACGACAGGAAGGGCUCCUUGUUCUCCCCCACGCGGGGCCUUUCUGAAGCCCACCCCUCGUUCCCCACUCCGGAACAGGUCACAGUCAACGGCACACAGUUUUCUGAGGGGCCAGUGAAUUCUGACUUUUCAGGAGUCAUGCAGAGCCCGUUCACGUUCGGGCUGGGCCAGAGGGCCCCGUACUCCACGGGAGACCGCUGCCUGCUCUGCCGCGGAGAACGCAAGGACGCCUCGCUCCUGGACGCGGGAGUCCUGGGCUCCAACGGAGCCUCGCUCUCACCCUCGGCCAAGGCCAACAGCGUGCUGCAGCUGCCCCUGUGGGUGUGUCCCAACUGCCGGAGGACUGUGGAGAAGGAGGAGCGGCACGCAGCCCUUGAGCAGUCGCUGGGGAAUCAGGACUUCCUGUUGCACAUGCCCGUGGCGCAGGAGCCCGGGGGCACGCAGACCCUCCCGCCGCCCGACCCCAGCCCGGCCCCGCCCGCCGACACGCCCUGCAGCUGUGAGGCCUGCAGCGAGAGGAGGGACAUUUCGGCUGAGUCCGAGAGGGAGUCUCAGCAGCUGCAGAACUACUGGUCGGAGGUGCGCUACCUGGUCCGCUGCAUUUACCGGCAGACGGGGACACCGCUGGCUGACGACCAUGACCAGCCCCUGGAGCGGGACAAGGAGGGCAUGAAGGAGCUGGUCGACAGGCUGUGUGAGAAGGACCCGUACCAGCUGUACCAGCGCUUGGAGCAGCAGGCGCGGGAGUACGUGCUGGAGAUGAAGGUGCGUUUGCUGAAGCACCUGUCGGCGGGGUCCAAGGGGGCGUCAGCAGUGCAGGGCCCACCCCAGGCUCACCAGUUCAUCUCCCUGCUGCUGGAGGAGUACAGCGCCCUCUGCCAGGCUGCCCGCACCAUCAGCACCUUCCUCCUCACGCUGGAGAGAGAACACCUCCACAAGUUCCAGGUGACCUGGGAGCUGCACAACAAGCACCUGUUUGAGAACCUGGUCUUCUCCGAGCCCAUCCUGCACAACAGCUUACCUGCCCUGGUCUCACAGCUACGGCACGGGACCGCCUCCCAUGACUCAUACAGUGAAGACAUGUACCGGGCACUGCUGGAGAGGUACCACCAGCUGGACCAGGAGAUGAACGCGGUCGCGGUCGAGUGGCUGGAGUGCGAAAAGCGCAUCGACGACUACGUCGACGAGCAGCUGCUUUUUAAGGUUGAAGGACAGAACCAUACCAACCAAAGGACAGAACCUCACAAGUCAUUAAUUAGUAAAAAUAUGUCAUUAAAAACCAAGCAGCGCCUGUUGAAAGAAGACUGGGAAUUCUUUAAACAGAGAAGAUUUAUUGAAGAACAGCUAACAAACAGUAAAAAGUCCCUCACAGCUGACAGUAACUUCACAGACACGAUGAGACAGAUGCUCUCAUCUCGACUCAGUAUACCGGACUGCCCAAAUUGUAAUUACCGAAGACGGUGCACGUGUGACGACUGCAGCCUGUCACACAUCCUGACCUGCGGGAUCAUGGACUCGCCCAUCGCCGACGACGACCUGCACGUCAAGCUGCCCCUGCAGCCGGAGCCCCGCCCCCCCAGCAUAUCCUCCGCUAGCUCCGCCUCCGGCUCGGGCUCAGGCUCCUGUUCUCCGGUCAUCACUGUCCAGCAGCACCUCCCCAACCUCCUCCUGCAAGACAACGGCCCCGCCCCUGCCUUUAACGAUGACGAAGUGCCUCAGCUGUCUGCCAAGUUUGCGGACAUCUACCCGCUGAACAGCUACGAUGACGCGGAGGUGGCGGCCGGCAUGAACGGUCUCCACGGCGACCUGAACGGCGCGGGGGAGAACAUGGCCCUGAAGGACGAGUCUCCCAGGGGCAGCAGCAGCAGCAGCUCCUCUGAGGCAGACGAGGAGGAGGCGGACGGAGAGCCUCCGGGCCCUCAGGGGGCGCUGUCCCCGGGGAAGAGGAACUCCAGCAAGCAUCAGCUGCAGACCGACAGCCCUCCCCCAUCCUACCCCCACCCGCAAGUGCAGAAUGGGGCUGCUCCAGCACAGCACGCGUGCGCGUGUCACGUGUGCAGCCAGGAGGCCGCAACCCUGCCCCCCAGCAGGUCCCACGGAGCCCACCAGUUCUUCACGGAGAAGACGUCCCACCCUGCCCUGCACCUCUACCCCCACAUCCACGGGCACCCCCCCCUGCACAACCCCCUGUCUCACCUGCCCCGGCCCCUGCUCCACCCCACCCUGUACUCCAGCCCCCCCCUUGCACGCGGAAAGACUCUCCUGUCGGCGCCCUCGUCCAAUCACAGCGGCGGGAAGCACCAGGUGUUCACCCCGCCCCUGCAGGAGCACGUGCUGCAGAACUGCCUGGGGAACGGGGCGGGCGGGACCGGAGACUGGAACGCCUCUCUGCACUGCCCCUCGCUCAAGUUUGAGAACAUCUGGGACACCAACGUGAUGAAGAACUGGAACCCGGCCAUCUUCUUACAGGAGCCACUUCCAGGUGACAUCCUGGGUCCCACUCUUCAAGAAGUCCCUCUGCCAUCGCCCGGCAACGACCCCAACGUACCCCCGGAGUCCAAGGAGAAAAAGAACACGGCCAAGAAAAAGAAAAAGUGUCUGUACAAUUUCCAAGAUGCCUUCAUGGAAGCCAACAAAGCAGUGAUGUCAGGGACAUCUUCAGCCGCCUCAUCUCUGUCCUGCACAGCCACCACCGUUCAGUCAAGUGAAGUAUUUCAUAAUGUCGGUAAAGAGGACCAUAGACACCUGACCCCCGUCGCCCCGCGCAACAGCCCCACGGGUCUGGCCUCCCUACCCCCGCUCCCUGGCCCAGCACUGCCCCCCGCCCCCGCCACACACCUCCCCGCCAUGGGGUCCCAGCCCUACCCAAAGACAGCCCUGGUGGCCCCCAGCUUUCUGGAGGCCCACCACCAGAUGACCUGCCCCUCCUCCACCGACACAGCCUCUGCUCCAACUGAGGGCCCCGCCAGCGCCCCGCCCAGCGUGUGCAGUGACCCUGACUGCGAGGGGCACCGGUGUGAGGGGAACGGGGCGUACGACCACCAGCCCUACGACGGGGAGGAGAGCCAGGACGAGGACAGCUGCUCCGAGCACAGCUCCAGCACCUCCACCUCCACCAAUCAGAAAGAGGGGAAGUACUGCGACUGCUGCUACUGCGAGUUCUUCGGCCACGGCGGGCCCCCGGCGGCCCCCACCAGCAGAAACUACGCAGAGAUGCGGGAGAAGCUCCGUCUGAGGCUCACCAAGCGCAAAGAGGAGCCGCCCAAGAAGGAGGAGCCUCUGCCGGAGCGGGUAGACGGCGUGGAGGACCACCGCAAGGUGGAGGACCUCCUGCAGUUCAUCAACAGCGCCGACAGCAAGCCCACCAGCAGCUCCAAAGCAGCCAAACGCGCCCGCCACAAACAGAAGAAGAUGGAGGAGAAGGCCCGGCAGGAGGCGGAGGCCCGGGAGAGAGAGGAGGAGCAGAGGCAGCGGGAGGCCGAGGAGGAGGCGCUGAAGCAGGAGCUCCUCCGGCUCCAGGAGCUCCAGCAGCUCCGAGCGGCCAAGAAGAAGCGGAGGGAGAAGGGCAGGGAGGCGCAGAGGCUGGCCCCCCCGGCCCCUCAGACCCCUCAGCCCCUGAAGGAGUCGGCCCAGAACGUUCUGGAAAACCUGCGGAACGGCAAGACGGCGCCUCUGCUGCAGAGCCUCCUCACCGCCCUGCCGGCCGGCGCCAGACCCGCUCAGCCGCCCAUCCCCCACGAGGCCCACGCCCACGCAGAGACCAACGGCAAACCCCGGGCCAAGCAGCCCACCGGCAGGCCAGUCCCAGAGGCGCCCAGACGCCCCGCCGAGCCCACGGGGAAGGCCCCCGGCGAGGCGCCGGCCGAGCCCACACCCGGGCCCCGCCCCAGCGAGGACCCCGCUCCCGAGGCCCGCGACGAGGACCGGCUGGACGGCAGGAAGCCGUCCAACAACGGCAGGGAAGAGAAGACAUCGCCCAAACCCGAACCCACGCCCCCGCCAGAGACACCGCAGCCCAACGGCAAGCCCGUCACCGCCGAGUCGCCCCAGCCCAAAGGAAAGGCCCGCAAGAACAAGAAGAAGAAGGGCGAGAAGAGCACGUCCAUCGAUGAUGUGUUUCUGCCCAAAGACAUCGAUCUGGACAGUGUGGAAAUGGACGAGACUGAGCGGGAGGUAGAGUACUUCAAAAGGUUUUGCUUGGACUCUGCCAGACAGACAAGACAACGGCUGUCAAUCAACUGGUCCAACUUCAGCUUGAAGAAAGCCACCUACGCCGCCCACUGACCACCCCUCCCCCUUCCCCCCCGACACGACAAGACUCUGGAGGGAAGCAAUCACCCCGGACGGCCUCUCAAACACGUGCCCCCCCCCAGCCUGGAGCCACCGCUGGCUAGCCUCGUCCCUUUCGCUGUGAUCCCAGGGAGCCCCCUUGGCCUGACACCCCCCUGCAGAACUGUAAAAAAAUGAAAAUGAAACAAAAACAAAAAAAACUACUAAAUGCUAUCCUCCCUGAAUUUGUUUGCUUGUGUGCUUUCAGUCUGUGAGUGGGAUGCUUUUUCUCUUGGCUCGAGCCAUGUUCUGAUUUACAUCCUGGCUUCUCUUUGGCUUUUCAAUUGUCCGGGCUGUUCAAUGUGUUUGGAUGAAGGUAGAUGCACAAAGAGAUUAAUUUAUUUGAAAAAGUGUAAAAAAAGAAAACGGAAAGUUCAUGGUCACUUCGGCUUCUAUUGCACACGCACACCCACACGCACACGCACCUGGCUCAGCACUUGGGCCAGAUUACUAGCACGGAACUGGGCUUGAUCAGAAAAACACGCUCUGUUCCUGCGUUCCUCUCAAGAGUGGGGCUGGGGGGAAGCGAAUACUUGAUUUUUUUUCUUUUUUUUCUUUCCCCCUUUUCCUCCCCGUUCCCAUUUCAAAUUCACCUUUAACGUGUAAAAGACACAGUGUUUUUUUAUUUUUAUUUCCUUCCUUUUUGAUCCGUAGCCAGCUUGUAUGAGAAGACUUUCAGAAGGAAUUUGAGAAAAGAACAAUACUCACACUGUCGAUCUGUUAUAGAGUGUAUAUUGUAUUAACACUGAAGCCAAACUGGCUACUUUUUAACAUAUUGUUAAGUAAUAUUAAAAAUCUUGUCUUUCUUUUUGAAAGAUGGAAUACAGUAGUAUGGCAAGAAA